AUGACGACGUUUCCAACUCAGAUGGUGCAAUUCACAUCAUCUGAUGACGAUGACAACGAGAGUGAGUCGAGGACCGCGACUGUCGGCUUGAUGCGCGAUGCGAGACAAAAAGGUCAAGUCAACUCCGCACCUGUUCCUUCAACUGAUUCUUCACUUUCCUCUCAAUCUCCCACCAUGGGCAAUGCGGCUUCGCAGACCGUGGCGCCCGCGGCCACAAACCAGGAUGGUCCACCAAACCUCGCGUCGCCGACCGACAAUGUUGCUGCCGGCACCACCACUACAACAACCUCCUCCCUCGCCGCUGGCUUUGGGAACAAUAGACUGGCUACGGGUUUCCGUGCAGCGCCCCAUCCAGCUGCGUCUGACGCAUCGCAGCCCAGUACAAGCGACCGCGAUGGUACUUUGAACGCCUCAGUACCCUUGGGAGAUUCCAUGGACGAUGCGAUCGAGAUCUCUGACGAGCAAGAUGAGUCUGAUGGGGGUAUGGUCAUUAACGUUGAGCCCACCCAACAUCAUCGAUUCUCUGGUGAUAUGAUGCUUGAUGACCAUGACGUGGGAGAUGCAGAGAUGGGCGAAGAGGAGGGAGAAGACGAAGAAGAAGAGGGAGAAACACAUUCACAAGCAGACGGGGAUACUGAGUCCCAGGCGUCUACAAGAGAGACAACGCAACCCCCCUCUUCUACCGAACGCGAUGCUCAUGACCAGUUACAGGGCGAUCUCGAGAGAUUCUCUAGCACCGUCACCCAUCCCAAAGCUGUCGACGGGCGGGUACAAGCAUGCCCAAACCUGGCGGAUUUGAGCCCGGACGAGCUUGAACUUCAACUGAAAUACGCUUUCUUCCACGUCAGUCGCGGCAAGGUCGAUCUCAACCAGCCUGCUGUCUGUCUGAGUUGUCUCCAAACCGGCCACGCCGAGAGAAACUGUCCCGAAAUCACAUGCAUUCAUUGCUCUGCCGGCCACUCUAGCCGUCUCUGCCCUCUGUUUCAGCGGUGCACAAAGUGUCGUGACCGCGGACACACUGCCGACUCUUGCCCUACAGACUUGAGAGUCACCACGAUACCUUGUGACUUCUGUGGAACUUCGAAUCAUACGGAGAAGGCGUGUCCUCAACGAUUCUUACCCUAUGGAUUGGCAGAUAGUGGUCCUACAAGGCUCUGGGUCUCUUGCUGUGUCUGUGCAAGUAAGAACCAUCUUGUUGGCGAUUGUCCCCGAGCCAACAGGGCCACGGCGGCAAGAUGGUCGUUGAGAUCAUUCGCCCCGGGCCAGAUUACCAAUCUAUCUCUCGCUUCAGGUAUGCAGCAGAGGGAGAAAGAAGUGGCCAACCGUGGUUUACGCCCCGAAGGGCUCAAGAUUAGAGGUCGUGCUGCCCUUCACAGUGCAGGCUCCCGCAGUGGCACACGACAAUUUGAAAACUCCGAUAGUGAUGAAAAAUUUCUGAAUCCACGAGCGCAACGCCGUGGCAAUGCGAAACGUGGCAAUAUCAAAAUUGCGACGCAACCAUCAAGAGAGGGUUCGUCACCCACUGCCAUGCCCAAGAAAUCGGUGCUUAUGAACUUCCUCAGGGCGAUAAACGAACGGAAACCGAUGUCUGGCAAAGCCCAGUUUGAGCUGGUCUACGGAGAAGACGGGUGA